GCACCGUAGUCGAUUUCCCAUUUCUCCCUCUUGCACGCCGUGAAAGAGGAGCACAGAGGGUUCGUUGCCAUGUCCUCAGCAGCAGCGACAGCAGCAGCAAUGGCGGCGACGGACGCUGGGGUGCCACGUGGGGUUGAGGACAUCAUCGAGCAGCUACGCCAAUGCGACUACAAGCAAAAGAAAGGGGAAGAGGAAGAGGGGGCCGGUCGUGAAAGCAGCGGUAGCCGCUUCGGUCCUCACCACGCACGAACACCGAUGCAGUUUCUACCGCUUCCACCUGCCGUCGCCGCACAGCACCGCGUACAGCUCUCCAUUCGCGGUCGGCGCUACGAGACAACGAUGGACGUCGCCGUCACCUACUGUCUCACCUUCUAUGCCUUUUUUCACUGCCCCUUCGACGGCGCCAUGACGGUGGGCGACGUUGCUCUCCGGCGGAACGGGACAGAGGGUGCUCCGACGCUGUCGGCGCAGGCCCUCUUGGACCACUACACAACAGUAGUGGAGCCGCUGCUCUUGCGCUUUUUGCAGCAGCAGGAGCAACACCCGACACAGGCAGGAUUCCCCUCCGCCGUGGGGAGAGCUGAUCCUACUGCUGCCCAGAGCAGCAGCAGCGACGAAGAUGAUGCACGCUGCUGCUUUCCGCCGGCGCUGCCACGACCGAGGAGCAUCGCGUAUGACGCGGUGGGACAGCUGUGGAGUUUUGAGUUCCCGCCUCGGCUCACCGCAGCGGCGGAAGCGCAGGAGCGCACACGGCGUCAACAGCUCGCUGCCGCCGCCGCUGCGCUGGGCUGCACAGCGGAGGUUGCGGAGACGCACGCCACGUCAGACGACAUCAACGCCAGUCCGUUUCUGCUGCUUCAGAGUGGAUUUAUGGGCAUGCUGCUCGUGUAUCUGCGCCGAUGUGCGAAGGCGCGGGCGGCAGAAGCAGCCGCGUACCCGUCGUUGCCGAUUCGCUGGUCGGAGAUGAACUUCGACGAGCAGACGUCGUUUCUGCAGCUACUGCGCGCGUUUGGUGUGGUACCGCUGAUGCCGCCGUAUACCCGGCCCUCAGCCCCGCUGUCCACCUCGCAGUUUGUUGGGGCGGCCGCGGCGCGGGUGGCGGCGGAGGCUCAAGCGGCGGGCGACGCGUGCUCGCUGCGUGUAAAGGCGGAGAAAUUUAUGCGUCAACAACAGCAGCAGCAGCAGCACCAACGCGAAGUGAUGGAAGACGCGUCGCACAUCACGCAGGAGCCGAGCGGCACGGACCACUUUGAAGACCUUGUCCUUCCGGCCAAAGGCUGUGUGCGGUGUGGGAUGGCUGGUCACGUGACGGAGGAGUGCCCCUAUUAA